UAUAUAUACUGUAUAAUGUAGUAUAAUAAUAUAAAAUCCUGGGCGGGAUUCAGCAACAGAAGACAGGUAAAAGGUCCCGCCAAGCAUGAAUCCAGCGCCAACGUUGGAUGGCUUCUCGGACAUGGCAAUCUGUACGCGUCCUUCUUCUUCCAAGGAAGCCUUCAUCAACUAUUUGGGCAUUGCCCAUUCGGGCGUUUUCCAACUCUCCAGCCUCCAACAGCCGUAUGACGUUUUCGCAUAUCUUUCAAGAAUGCUCGAUUCAGAGAGCUUUCGGACCGGGAAAACAAGCCCAUGCCAGAAUGUUAAUCACUGGGUUCAGACCCACGGUCUUUGUAUCGAAUUGUUUGCUUCAAAUGUGCGUGAGGUGCUCCGACUUAAAGUAUGCCUAUCAAGUGUUUGAUAGGAUGUCUGACAGAGACACCGUUACCUGGAAUACUAUGAUUUUUGCUUAUUCUGCUGUUGAUAUUGGGAUGUCUCAGUCACUUUUUGAUUUGAUGCCUGAGAAGGACGUGAUUUCCUGGAACACUUUAAUCUCGGGUUACCUGCAAAAUGGAGAUUACAGGAAACCUGCUCAGAUUUUGGUGGAGAUGCAAAGAGAGAGCGUGGCUUUGGAUUGGACUACUUUUGCUGUUGUUUUGAAAGCUUGUUCUGGUGUGGAGGAUUAUGAAUUGGGGGUUCAAGUACACGGUCUUGUUGUUAAGUUGGGUUUUGAGUUAGAUGUGGUGGCAGGUAGUGCACUCGUGGACAUGUACGGUAAAUGCAAGAGAUUCCAUCACAGUCUGAAAUGUUUCGAUGAACUUCCUGGCAAGAAUAGUGUUUCGUGGAGUGCUGUCAUUGCGGGUUGUGUUCAGAAUGAUGAGUUUGUUCGUGGAUUACAGUUAUUCAAGGAGAUGCAAAGAGAGGGUGUUGGCGUGAGCCAAUCUACUUAUGCAAGUAUCUUCCGGGCAUGUGCAGCCGUGCCCAAGGUAAGAUUGGGAUCGCAAUUGCAUGGUCAUGCAAUCAAGAACAAUUUUGGGAAGGACAUCAUAGUUGGAACUGCCACUUUGGAUAUGUAUGCAAAAUGUGGCAAUUUGUUAUGCGCUAAGCAGGUGUUUGACUGGCUGCCGAACCGCAGUUUACAAUGUCAUAAUGCCAUCAUAGUUGGAUAUUCUCGACAUGACCGUGGACUUGACGCUUUGAAGAUCCUUAAACUUUUGUUGAAGACCAACCUUGGUUUCAAUGAAAUAACCUUAUCUGGUGCAUUCAGUGCUUGUGCAGCAAUUAAAGGUUUAAACGAGGGCAGUCAAAUACACAGCUUAGCUCUUAAGAGCCCUUUCAUGUUUGAUGUUUGUGUAGCAAAUGCUAUUCUUGACAUGUAUGGAAAAUGUGGAGUAUUGUUUGACGCUCGAUGUAUAUUUGAUGAAAUGGAAAUAAAGGACGCCGUAUCGUGGAAUGCAAUCAUUGCAGCUUAUGAGCAGAAUGGUAAUGAGGAAGAAACUGCAAUGCUUUUUGUUUCUAUGCUUCAGUAUAAUAUGGAACCUGAUGAGUUUACCUAUGGUAGUGUGGUAAAAGCUUGUGCAGGUCAACAAGCACUAAGUCGUGGCAUGGAGAUUCACGGCCUGAUCAUUAAAUCCGGGAUGGGGCUGGAAUCAUUUACUGGAGGUGCUCUUGUGGACAUGUACUGUAAGUGUGGAAAGGUCGAAGAAGCUGAGAAGCUUCAUGAUAGAAUGGAACAACAAUCAACUGUUUCAUGGAAUGCUAUGAUUUCUGGCUUCUCAUCACGUGAGCAAAGUGAGGAAGCUCAGAUGUUCUUUGCCAAAAUGCUUGAAAUCGGAGUUGCACCUGAUAAUUUCACCUUUGCCACUGUUCUGGACACAUGCGCCAAUCUGGCAACUAUUGCACUUGGAAUGCAAAUCCAUGCUCAAGUAAUCAAGCAAGAGUUGCAGGCGGAUGUUUUCAUAACUAGCACCCUUGUUGAUAUGUACUCAAAGUGUGGAAACUUGCAGGAUUCAAGAUUGGUAUUCGAAAAAGCCCAAAACCGUGAUUUUGUCACAUGGAAUGCUUUAGUUUGUGGCUACGCGCAACAUGGUCUUGGGGAGGAGGCUUUGAAAACUUUUGAAAAGAUGCAACUUAAUCAUGUAAAACCAAACCAUGCAACGUUUGUUGCAGUUCUCCGAGCUUGUGGACAUAUAGGACUGGUUGAGGAAGGGUUACACUACUUCAACUCCAUGCAAGUUUACUACGGGUUAGAUCCUCAGAUGGAUCAUUACGCAUCCAUGGUGGAUAUAUUAGGUAGGGCGGGCCGAGUUACUGAGGCUUUAAAGCUUAUUCAAGAAAUGCCUUUUGAGGCUGAUGAUGUAAUUUGGCGUACACUGCUGAGCGUGUGCAAGAUGAAGAAGAAUGUAGAAGUGGCGGAGAUUGCAGCAGCUUCUCUUCUGCAACUGGAUCCUCAAGACUCUAGCACCUGUGUCCUUCUUUGCAAUAUUUACGCUGAUGCUGGAAUGUGGCAUGAGGUAACUGAGGUAAGAAAACUGAUGAGGCACGGACGCUUCAAGAAAGAGCCUGGUUGCAGCUGGAUAGAGGUGAAAUCUGAGGUACAUAUGUUUCUUGUUGGGGACAAGGCUCAUCCAAUAUAUGAAGAUAUAUUUGAUAACUUGCACCUGCUAGUAAAUGAAAUGAAGUGGGAUGGAAAGGCAUCUGACUCUGAGGGAACAGAGGAGGAGUUAGAAUAUGAAUCCAUUUAAAAGGUCUACUGCUUUUGAGAAUCCUCUGCCCAAGGAGGGAAGUAUAUUUGCCCUGCUAAAAGUUACAUAUCAUAGCCAAAGUGACAUUCUUUUCCAUUUUAUUUGGUCAAUGUGUCGAUCUGAUUCUAACAGGAGAAAAAUGUAAGAGGGGUUUUUGUUAACAGAAGAAUUCAUAGGUUGAAGAGUAAGUUUGGUCUGCAAUACUUUCAUGUACUAAAUGCAAUUUUGAAGUGGAAUUAUUUAUUCAACCUGUAAAAAUGUUACUCUUAUCCUCUCAGAAUAAGAGUUUUGUUUAUUGUGUUGAAAUAGUUCAAUAAACAUGACUUUUUUUUAAAGACGAAAAGAGCAUUAAUUUAAAGGUAAAUUAUAAUCUAAGUAUCG